GCUAUAAUAUAGCCGGAGGAACGUGCGCGGCUACAGCCACCGCACGGUCCCCUCUCCUCCUCUUGGCCUCCGACUCAACAACCCAGCUACCCAGCGCUCACGAUAGUCGCCGUCGUCGGGCCUCUGCUCUCCAUAUCAUCUCUAGCUAGUCGCCGGUGCCGAGCUGCUAGGAGCCGAGCCCGCGAUCACUGUCGGCAUGUCGUCGUCCUCCUCCUCCUCGGCGGCGCUGGGCGGCUCCCACGCCGGCCUCGCGCUUGCCGCCACCGCCAUGGCGCUCUCCGGCACCCUCGUCCUCUUCUCCCUCUGCCGCGCCAAGCAGGCGGACCAGCACCACCUGGUCUCCUCCGACGCUUCCCAGUCUCCCGCUCGGCUCCGUCCCUGUCUCUCCUCCUCUGAGAAGCGAAAGCGGGAGAAGGCGCGGCGCGGGAGCAUGAAGCGGGUGCGCUUCGCGGACGACGUCGUCGACAAUGGCCCCGCCCGCUCGGCGCCGGCGCCGGCGGCAGCGCCCGAGCCGUCGUGCAGGGGCUCCGCCGCGAUGCCGGCGAACCGGGAGGCGCUGUACCGCGGCAUGCUCCGCGGCCGCUCCAUGCUCAGGACCACCUGCUCCUACUAGGCAGCGCCAGCCUGAAGAAGCUUCAGCAUCUGAGAGCUUCGAUUAACACGCCGUUUAGUCCUUGCAUCAUCACAACCCCACGCCUAAAUUACUCUGGAGCUUGGCCUGUUCUUUCUUGUUCCUUAUUAGGUACGCCGCUGAUUGGGAGAUUUUUGUAAUUAGUGAGCAUCCCGUGCGCGCGAGCGAUCCGUGUGGUGCGUGUCAGCUGCUGUUUGUACUGCCUGUUGUACAUCUGCAUUUCUACCUUCUAGGUGAAUUCGAUCCAAGAAAUGGAUUCUUGCAUGCAUUGUUCUAC